AAAUGUUUAACAGGAAGUUGUUGGAAUGUUCGGAGCGUCACUCAAUCAUAAUUCACUUUCACUGCAACUGUGGAGCACUUCAGAAGAUCAGGAUGGCUAACGAAGCUCGACCAUGCCCGUGUGACUUGGGCGACGAGUUGACGUACGCAGGUCGGGGUGAAGAGGUGCAGAUCGAGCACACCAGAGCUUAUAUCGUGAAGCCUCCCUCUUCAUGUGACAAAGCCAUCGUCGUGAUUCAAGACAUCUAUGGAUGGCAGCUCUCCAACACAAGAUACAUGGCAGAUCUGCUGGCAGCAAAUGGAUACAUUGCUGUGUGUCCAGACUUCUAUGUUGGAAAAGAGCCAUGGAGUCCAUCACAUGACUGGUCCAAAUUCCAGGAGUGGCUUGAAGACAGGAAGCCGACAAAUAUUAACAAAGAGGUGGAUGCUGUGCUUAGAUUCCUGAAGGAACAAUGUGGAGCCAAACAUUUUGGAGUAGUCGGCUUCUGCUGGGGAGGCAUUGCUACACACUACCUGGCGCUGGAUUAUCCUGAAAUAAAAACUGGGGUCUCAGUCUACGGGAUUAUCCGUGAAAGAGAGGACCGGUAUGACCUCAAGUGUCCCACUCUUUUUAUCUUUGGGGAGAAAGAUGACUUCAUCCCGUUGGCGCAGGUGACUGCCCUUGAGGCCAAGCUGAAGGAAAAGUGCACCAUGGAUUACCAGGUGAAGAUCUUUCCAGGUCAGAGUCAUGGGUUUGUCCACCGCAAGAAUGAAGACAUGAAUCCCACAGACAAACCACAAAUUCUGGAAGCACGGACAGAUAUGCUGAACUGGUUGAAGAAAUACAUGUAAAUGUGACUUUAAGCAAUUAAUCCAGAAGCUAUUCAUACAUUGCAUUCUGUCACUGCCAUUCUGAAUAAUAAAUGUUAC